CACAUAUUCAUUCGAGGAGUUAACUUGAUAUGGUAUAACACGAGCGCUUGCUUGAUACAUUAUUUAAAAUCUGUAAUAAGUGAUUGGCUGCGUAAAGCUAAAAUAUUGGUAAAUAUACAUUUAGAAUUGUUGUUGGGCGUGUAGAAGAGAAAAAAACUGCGACCGAUCGAACAGCACAAGAAAGACGGAAGCGAAACAACUGGCAGACAAAAUAAUAAGUAGUUAUUCAUUCAACGGGUAAAUUUGAAAGCAAACGACGCACUCAAUUGACUAAAGUUGAUAGUCGUACAAAAUAGUUCUACAAACAAGCCAACGGACAACAAUCAAUCAAAAAAAAAGUGAGAAAGAAAGAAAACAGAAUCACUGCGCUAUUCACAUUAGCUUUUUAUCAGCGUGUAGCGUGUAAUCAUCUUAAACAAUCGGAAGCGCGUUGCUCAGGAAGUGCAUCCAGUGGAAUUGCGAUAAUUUUCUAUUUGGAAGGAGUAAAACUCAAGCGAAAUCAAAAUGAUGGAAAUUGACUUGCCGCGUAUGCAAUCGUUGUCACCACAAUUCGAUUCGCCAUCAAUGGACGCAAUGCCUGGUAUAACAAAUCUAACAGAUGUAUCGUCAUCUACAGAACCAGAACCACAACCGCAGCCACAACCAUCCAGUUGUUCGAUGAAAAUAGCGAACAACUGCGACUGGAAAUUCGAUUCGGAAAUCUGUGGAUGCAAAUACACGAAUAAAUCCGGUUGCGGGUGCAAAUACAUCAACAAAGUAAGUGUUACCGUUUCCCAUGACGUGUUUCUCAAUUAAAAACUGUACAAAAACACACUCGUGAUAAAAUGUUCGCGACUAAAAUACAAAUAUCAAUUACAAUUGUCACCGUUUGUGGAUUGAAUUUAUGUUCACCAAAAUGUGACGGGAAAAACAUCUGUGAUAACUCUUUUCUUCUCUAGAGGCUGAAGGUCAUCUCCGGUAAUUUUUCUCUUUGUUCCUAAUUUAUAAAUAAACAUUUUCAUACACCAUAAAAACAACUUUGGUUGAAAUGCAUGUAUAUCUAGGUAAUUUGUUUCCAAGAAGAAAAAGAUAUGAAUUCCUACGAAUUUAAAAUUUGUUGAGCGGGUGCCAUAACGGUGGCCUUCAUUUUAUCAUUUUGAAUUUAAAAUCUCUUUUUGAAAUAUCUAACGAAAAAUAUCAAACGAGACUAUCCUCUAAACUAGCCGAAUUGCUCUGCAGCCAAAAAGAAUUUAACCGGUGCAACACAGCUCCAGAAAUAAAUUAAAUGCGUUUUGAUGUCAGGGUGUGUUUAUUCCGACAAAUCUAAAAACGGGUUUGGCAUUCAAGUGAAAGUGCGUAACAACGUUCUGGCUAGUUUCCUAAAUUUCAUUUUGUUUUCUUUCUUGUUUGCUUCUGUUCAACGACGUGCUUAAUCGUAUAAUUAGAAGCAAUUUCUCACACUACUGUUCGUUUGUUGUGGUCAUUUUUCGUGAUUCAGUCGCCGAUGUCGCUAAAUUGUCGUACAAACGAAAGCCAGAGAAAAAAAAACCGAUCCAUUUUGCGAAACAUUAUAAACAAAAACUCAUUAACAUAAAUCAUCUCAUUCGAAUGAUCAUUCGUUUAUGUGUGCAAAAAUGUGCGACGACUGCCAUAAUUCAAUUCUUCUUCUUUUUUUUUCGUGAGUGACCUGGAAAGAGUAUUCAUUUAAGGAGAAUUUGUGUCAAGAAUCAUUGACUAAAUAUACACUCGAGCUCACACAAUCGCCUCACCGCAUUGAUAGCCGUGGUAAAAACAAUCACAAAUGAAAAAAAAAAUCUCCUAUUACGUACAGUGCACAAUUAACUAAAUGUUACAGAAUUCGCAUAAAAUUUAGUUCAAUUGCUGUCACUUUUUUCCAUUUUGAAAAUCCGUCACAAUAAAUACUAUCCUUUAAUGGAAAAACAGAACAAGAAAAAUCCCACAAGAAUCACACAGGAUGUAAAUCGUAACAUUUCUGAAAGAAAAAGAACCAAAUAAAUAUAAUGAUGACUCAUAGCUUAAAACACAACGACAGCAUGACUUUAUUCGAGAUAUAAUUUUUUGCACUGCAAAUAAUGUUCGCCUAUAAAAAAAACAAAGAUGUGGAAUUCUUCUGAAAUUGAUAGCAUUCGAAAUGCUUUAGUGUGAUAAGGUUGUAAUUGUGGUGUAAUAAGAAAAAACACUGCAAUCGAGAAAAAAACAGCGGCUGGUAUUAGUGUUUUGUGCCAGAGUUGCCUGCCUUCGGGCAAUUGAAAAAAGGCAAAAAAGUAAACUGUGGCGCGAUUCAAAUAUAGUUUGCUGGCAAUGAUCGGGAGCUGUCAACGUUUGGUUUACGUUUUUAUAUGAAUGUUGGUAGGCCUUUCCAACAGCAACAGUCGAAACCGCACCAACAUUGCCACAUCCGCCAUGGGAAUCACGUGUAUGUGAUAACUGCAUCAUACGAUGUGCGCUCGUACACAGAUACACACAGAUACACACACACAUACAUACACACACACACACGCACACACUAACACAUUGACAACGCGCAAAACCGAAGCGAAUGACAGUAGCUUCGAACGGCGAGUCAGCGAGAGCGAAACAUUCAUCGCACAAGGCACACCAAUACACUCGCAAUCGCAAUACGAAUCGGAACAAAAGCGUUUACUGUUGCUUCUGACACAUCAUAUCAAAUACCAACUUGAAUUCAUUCGUUUAGUUUGCCCCGAUCGCUUCACAUGAACUUGUGCACGAAUUGUCAAAAUCAAAUUUCGCUAAGUACGAAACAAACAAAAGUGUGUGUAUUUUCGAUUUCAGUUUUUUCCUAUAAGAACACCAAUUAUUGAAGACAUUUGACAUUUGUUGAAUUAAAUGUGGACUGUUUCACAUUGAAGAGCACCCAGAAUUGAAUCGGCAUUUUUGUGUUGAAAUUAUCGGUAAAGUGGCCAGGUUUUUCUGUGGGUUUCAAUUUUGUUUACGGCAAAACACCACGAUAAAUCAAUUUAGUACACAUACACUCUCUGUCUUUCAUAAAGUUUGCGUGAAGCGACAAACAAGUGACGGGGACCGAGAAGCAAGACAAGAAAUUAGUAACAAUCAUGCUUACGUAAAUGAAUACACAAUUCUAGUUAUUUCUACGGCUUAUGUUUGUACUGUUGUCGCUUCGUUCGGUGUGCGGUGAUUAUGAGUAAAACAUUUGUGUUUUUGUGCGAUAUUAUUGUCUCACACCAUCGAUAUUAGUGAUUAGAGCGGCAAAAUACCAGCAAAACAGAACGAUUCAUGUCAAUGUUGGUUUCAAUUUGGAUUGUUUUUUCUUUCAUUCUUCAUUGCGUCCAGUGAUGAAAUAAAAGCGAUUUCAGCGUUAAAUUGUGUGCGCCAAUUGAAAGCGAAAUUUAAAUUAGAGACUGAUUUGAGUGGAAGUGUCGUGUGCAGAAUAACACAGAAAUAGAAAAGAACAUUCAUUGCAUUGAAACAAAGUCAUCUGGUGAAGUGUAUUUUUUUUGUGUUGUGUCACUGUUUAUGACAGAAGGGAGAUCAACUACAAACAAACAUCGGUUCAUUCAUAUGUGAUAGCCAUAUGCACACGGGUCGCAGUUGCAACAACGCAACAGCAACGAAUUUCUCGCGACGAAUGUGACAUGCUGGAACUCGGUGCUUCAUUAUGUCAAAAUUGAAAAAUCCAAAUCGACGCGCCAACAGUUGAACGACCGAGAUUGUGUUUUUACAUCGAUUUGAAAACAUACAGAGAAAACAUCGAAAAUCAUAAAUACAUUUUCGCGUUUCGGUGUGAACAACAUAGCAAAAAAAAGAAAGAAAACGAUUCGGACGCGAAAAAUCAACCCGUAUAAAAAUAGACGUGCAAAUGUUGAGCAAAAUUGUGAAAUGACAUUCAAAAACAAAAAUUGAUCAACUAAGUUAUCUAAGAUAAGUUCUCCGAAAAAUCUAAACGUUUUUGUUUACUCAAAUCGGACUCUUUGUUUUUGACAAUUUCUAAAUUUUUCGUCUCUCCUAAAUGAAAAUAUAACAACAAAACGGUUGACAAUAGAAAGCGUGCGAUUGUUUAUCGGUGUGCUGUUUACGGUCGCGCACCGACCGAUAUCAAAUGACUUUUAAAAUGGAAAUUAUGUGCAUAAUUCAGCUGUGAUGAAUUUGGGCUGCGCACAUGAAAAUGCGUCGCCCGAAAAAGUGUAAGACUAUUUUCGCUAAUUUUUCUACUUCAAAAUUUUCCGCGUUUCGUAUUCAAAACAACUGACAAAAAAAACACUGUUCCUUUGGUUUGUUUAUUUGCGGUGGUGCGAUCAAUGAAUUCAAAAACAGAAACACUCACUGAAAGCGAAUCGUUCAUAUUUUUCGAAUUUACAUGCAAAACAAAAAGACAAUCGCACCGAUUUUCCCUCUUCGGUUUUACUAUUUAGAACGCAAGCGUACUUAAUAGAAUUAAAAUCCUCAUUAAGAAUGACAAUUUACUCAUAGUAUUUUGAACGCGUUAAAUAGUUUCUUCUUCGGUUUUUUUUUUCGUUAAUUAUUAAAUUAUAUUUUAAAAUUCAAAGUGUUUCCAACGUGAUACUAAUCGUAACGUAAUUUUUUAUAAGAGUUUUAUACGAUUUUUGCUAAAACAUUUAAAAUUUACAAUUAAAAUAAAACGUUAAUCGCCGCGUAAAAUAUUGAAAUAAAAGUAAUUCAACCAGAAAAUCAAAACCAACGACAUAAUCUCAAUUGAUUGUCCAUCGAUUAAAGAAUUUCAAAAGAAUAAAAACAGCACAUAAAAAUACAAGUUCAACAUGAUUUCAUUGAAAAAAUCAUAUGCGCACCAUUUGUUGCAAUUGGCGUUGACAUUAAGCUUGCUGCGAGUCGAUCCGGAGAAUUACAUCGGCUUUGGCUGGGAAUCACAGCUCGCGCUGCAGAACGGCGAUGGAUGGCAAUUGGAAUUGCGUGCCGCACCAUUAACUGAUUUUCCAUACUCAAAUCGAAAAGCGUUGAUCCCAUUAAUUGAAGAUUUGGUACGCUUCGAUCGACAAACUCAGCAUUAUUCAUCGCAUGAUGUACACACAUAUUUGCUAAAUGUGCAAAAUGAACAGAUCUCGUUGUCAAGUGUUCCACAUGCGCCAACUUCAACAAUCGACACAAACACCUCACUUCCGAUGUCAAAUCAUCAACAACUACCGACACAGAUUUCGAGUGAACUCCAACAAUCAGGGAACGCGACUGAAUUUAAUGUUCCCGUUGCGUCUGAUUUGACAGAUUUAUUUACCAUAAACGCGGAACAGUUUGCGGAUGGUGUAUCGGUGUUCGAUCAAAAUUUGGCUGAUCUCAAUGAUUACGGUGAUGGCAACGAUCGAAACGGUGCUCGAAGCAAUGAUACAUGGAAUUUUAGCCAAGUGUAUGCCGGCCUACCAUUGAAAGAUGAGCCACCCGAAUUGUAUGAAGACAAUCGAUUCGAUCCACUUCGACCGUUCAGCGAUAUUGAUGCCGAAAUUGGUGCACUAUCAUCGGCCAGCACAAGCAAUGAUAUCAACUUCAAUCGUCGCAACAGUCAUUUGUAUGGAAUGCUACGACACACCGAAUCACCAACACUAAAUCUAAGCCAAGUCAUCGAAUGGUCGGAUUAUUUUUCGAAUGCAACGAAAACUGAACCAAAUGACGGCAACGACACUGCCAUUGAAACAACGACAUCGAACCAACAAAAUGCAUCGGAGAAUUUCAAAAAUACUCGCGUCAAACUGGAAUCAGAAGGUGAUGAUGACGACAGAGCCUCAUCGGACGACUGCAAAAAUUCAACCAGCGGUUUCAGCAGUAACGUUGAAUUAACCGAAGAGGAGAGCGAAAUUGUUGAAGUACUAUGGAAACAGGACGUUGAUUUGGGUUACACUUUAGCGCCAGUUAAGUCAAGUUCACCCAAGGAAUCGGCUACCGUUUCUGGACCAUCGUUCAGCACCGAAGACAAUGAAAAAUUAAAAGCACUUCAAGAACUCAAAAAUGACAAGCCAAAACAGGAUGAGGCCAAAUCGCCUUUGGACGAUGAAUGGGCUGGCAUUAAUUUUACCGUCGACAAUGAAACUGGUGAAUACAUCCAAUUACCAUUACAAUUGGAAGAAAUUUUGCAGGAUGUUUUACAAUUGGCCGAUCUUGCGAAUGAAAACGAUCAAGUUGAUGAAAUUUUAGCCGAAGAACUGAAAAAGAGUGAAUAUUCGGACGUAAACGGUGAAUCGAGUAGUGCGGCCACUGCCAGUACAUCGAAUCAAUUUGAUACGAAUUUUGCGUUUCCAACGGACAAAGUGCCAACACAAGACCAACAAAAAGACAAUAAAGCAACGAAUCAAAGUGAAAUUCACAGCAGUGAAUUGCCACUUUUGCUAGAUCCUCCGUUGACCGAGGAAGAAAUUUCCGCUGAUUUAAGCGCAAUAAUUAAUGAGGCAAGCGAUUUAGACGAAUUGGAUAUGAUGAUUCAAUCAGCUGGUCCGUUUCAACAUCCACGUUCGGUGGCUCAAAACUAUGGCCAUGCCAACGCCAAUAUGUACCAUCGACAGCCGUCUUAUCAUUCGCAUCACCAUCAUCAGUCGCGAUUGUCCCUUAGCCGAGCUUCAAUGGAGCAACGUGGUUUAGAUAUUGCCAGUUUGUUCAGCCCAUUGCCCGGAAUGGGCGUCGGUAUGAAUGUCACUGAUAUGGGCUCCUAUACACACUAUCCACCACACUAUUCUUAUCAGGGUGCCAGUUCGAUGCCUCAGCAUGAUCAGUAUGGUGCUCAUCAACAUAUGGCAUUGCACAAUGUAUCGACUGGUGAUAUGGGAGCAAAUCAAUCGAUUCCCACAAUUGCACCAUUGCCAUCGCAACGGUCACACUAUGCCACACCAAAUUUGGGAUCGGCCGUGUCAUCGAGCAUGCAUCUUACCAAUUCCAGUCAUGAUAGCGAUGUUCUCGGUGCUACAAGCAACUAUAAAACCGAACACGAAAUGAUGUACUAUUCGAAUGCAUCAUCUGAAUUGAAUCACACCACAGACAAUUUUAUCGCUUCCAUAAUGAAUUAUGAUGACGACUUGCUUAUGGAUAUCAGCACUAACGUCAACGAUGGUUUUUACACAAUGCGUAUGCUGGAACCAAAUGCCACCAACAACAAUUCAGCCGUGCUAAGUGCACAGGCCGCACAAGCAGCAGGUAGCCUAAAUAGUAAUGGCGCUGGAUUGUUGCCAAAUGCGGCUGGAGCCCCACAAAUGCAGACCACAUUGAACGGCAACACUGCAACCACUGAUCGUUUGGAUGCAUCCAGCGACAGUGCCGUCAGUUCGAUGGGCUCGGAACGAGUACCAUCAUUGUCAGAUGGCGAAUGGGGUGACACUGGUAGCGAUUCCGCUCAAGAAUACCAUAGUAAAUAUGGCCCAUACGAUUAUAGCAGCUACAACGGCCGCUUGGGUGAUGCCGUUCGUCAUCCGGUUGCUCAAAAGAAACACCAAAUGUUUGGCAAACGAUAUUUACAUGACCAAAGUGGACCGAAUCUUAAUAUUUCACAAUCGGCAUCGAAUGCUGGCGUUGUACAGCCACAACAGCCUGAUAUGCCAAUCAAAUAUGAAUUUGAACCAUACCCAAUGCAUCAUCCACUGGCUACAAAUCUUGAUGGUGCCGCUGGCGGUAUGCCGAUCAUGAACAAGCAUCAGUCACAACAACAAUGUUCAAUUGACUUUGGCCGACACAAUCCACGUGGCAUUCAUGAUAUCGUUGGGCACAAUCACACAUACACUUUGCCUCAAGCAAGCGGUGCAACACCACGGUCGCAACCGCGUGAUAAGAAAAAUUCCAAAAAAGCUGAAGAGGAACAUCUUACUCGGGACGAGAAACGUGCUCGUGCAUUGAAUGUUCCAAUUGCAGUCAUUGAUAUUAUCAAUUUGCCAAUGGAUGAAUUCAAUGAGCGGCUAUCUAAAUACGAUCUCAGCGAAAAUCAGCUAUCACUGAUUCGAGACAUUAGACGUCGUGGCAAGAACAAGGUGGCCGCACAAAACUGCCGAAAACGUAAAUUGGACCAAAUUCUAUCGUUGGCCGACGAAGUUGAAGAGGUGCGCAAGCGCAAAGAGCGUUUAAUAAAAGAGCAGGAGGCCGCUUUAGCUGAACGAAAACGCAUCAUGAAGAAAUUCCAAGAUUUGUACAAGCAUAUUUUCGAGAAUCUACGUGAUCCACAAGGUAAUCCAUAUUCGCCCAAUGAAUACAAUCUACAACAGUCAGCCGAUGGCGGUGUUCAUCUUUUGCGCCGUGAAAAUCGCAAUACAAAUCAGGUGAAUGUGCAAAUGCAACAGACCCAACAACCACAGCCGAAUCAACAGCAGCAACAGCAACAGACCAAUUCGACUCACCAUAUCAGUCAUCACCACAAUCCACACCACUGAAACCGCGGACUCGUCAUUCGUACACGAGAAUGUACUCUUGCUCUUUAAUCAAUAUCUGAUGCGAAUUGGGAGUCUUCUUUCUACCCGUAUACACAUUUAAACGAAGCAGGCUCUCGUUCAACAUCACACAGAUAUUGACUAAGCAGAAAGAUUCAUCAAAAACUUUAUUUUGUUAACUAAAUAAUAGAAACAAAAUUUAUUGUAUAAAAAAAGCAAAAAAAACAACAACAAAACAAAAA